AAAUUCAAUGGCGUAGCAUCUAUACCUAUAGAUCAAGAAGCACUUUCGCCGCGAAACAGGAUAUGAGAACGUCAUAAGAUAGCAAAAAAUUAUGUGUAACUAAAGGGAAAAAAAGAAGGAUAAAAAGGAGCAGGAAUUCGAUUUUAUGAAUGAUAUCCUCCCACAUAGGAAAGAUCUCGAAAUUGGUACUGACUACAUGUACGGAUAUGAUGUUGCGACUUCGUGUGCGUCAGAAAACAGAAUUUAAAGCCACUACAAUACAAUAUACCUCAGUUCAUUUCAAGAGAUCCUCGACAUUGAUAUGACAAAUCUUAUUUUUUUCUUAUUGCAUUAAAGAAAAGUUAUUUCAUCUCUUUGCUUAGACUGUAUCAUUAUGGCAGCGGAUGUUGCAUUUUUUACCAUUUUUGGUGUUUUAUUAUUCACUGUUUUAAUACUCAAUACAAAACAUGCGUUAUCCGCUCCACAACUUGCAGCAGGAAAUCCAUUUUUAUUGACUAGAGACAUGAGUGUUAUCAUCAGUCUGUCAGGAAAUUCUUUUUUUGGCAACCAUCAGGCAGCUGGACAAGAAUAUCAGCACAAUCCUUUUUUAAAUAAUGAGAAAUAUCCUGCACCAAAAUUUGAGAAUCGCAAUAACUUUGAGGAUAAUGCAAGUAAAAUAGAUACGGAGGUACCAUCCACCAAGAAAGAAGAUACUCCAAGAAUGGAAGGAUGUCCUGGCAAUAUUGCUCGAAAUCCAUUCUUAAUUAAUAAAUGUAAAGAAUCAGGCAACACCAAUCACAGUACAAAUGUGCCUACUAAGGCUGAUGACAAAAUUGAAAAAGAUAAUAAGAGAGAAACUUCUACAAAAGUCCCAAAUAUUGAUGUUACGAUGAACUAUCGUUCCAAGGAAGGCUCUAAAACAAUAUCCGAGAUGAAAUGUGAUGAAUAUAAUCGAGAAGUAUCACGAACUGUCCAAACAGUACCAUUAGUUGGAGUAACAUCACAAAUGACAAGGAACGGCAGUCAAACAAUUUGCAAUGGAAUGCAUCCAUAUACGCCCCUAGUGGUAGGAGGAGCUACAGUAAUGCCUGGAGAGUUUCCACAUAUGGUAGCAUUAGGACGACCAUCAACAGAUGGAAUGUUCACAUUAAGUUGUGGAGGAACACUUAUCUCAAGACGUUGGGUGCUCACUGCAGCCCACUGUGUUGAUCUUCGAGAUCGUACGCCGACAGUAGUACGCCUUGGUGUACAUCGACUGAGCCAGGGAAACACCGGGUCGACGAUUAAAAUUAAACAAAUAAAGCGUCAUCCUUCCUAUAGGAAACCAGCAAUGUACGCAGAUAUAGCUCUAAUAGAACUGGCCAGACCAGCAACAUUUGGGUACCAAAUAAAACCAGCUUGCCUUCAUCAACAGUACGACAACGUGCCCAGAAAUGCCACAAUCACCGGCUGGGGUGUUACGGAAUUCGCUGGGGAAGAAAGUGACAUACUGCAGAAAGCAGUUUUACAAGUAAUUGACAACGUAGUCUGUGCACUGAGGUACGGAAAAUCUAAAGCUGUACCACAUGGCGUAGUACCUAGUAUGAUAUGUGCUGGUGAUCCUAAAGGAGGAUGGGAACGAGACACCUGCCAAGGUGACUCCGGAGGACCCUUUCAAAACGUUCAUCCAAAAAAUAAGUGUCUCUAUCAGGUGAUUGGUAUUACAAGUUUUGGUUUAGAGUGCGCCCACGUAGAUACUCCCGGUGUAUAUACGAGAGUAUCUCAUUACCUUAGUUGGAUCGAGGGUAUUGUAUGGGCUAAUGGUGAUUGAGAGUGUUCAAGUAUUAACUAAAGACUUUGAUCUUGUUCGAAAGGUAAAAAAUCCUUUUAUUUCAUUUAACUUCAAGUGGAUCAUCGUGAAGAGUAGAAUAGAGAUAUUUAGAAAACUUACAGUAGUGAUUUUUCACACAAAGAAAUGUUGAUGCAACAAAUACAUGUAAAUAAUGCAAUACGAGACGACGUAUAUUGAAUACUAUAUACAAAAGAACUGAUCGAAUAUUUAUCAGUUAUUCUGCGAAGAUCAAAGAAGCCAUAUUUAAAUAUUCCUUCGAGAAGGAACCUUUGCUUUCUAAAGUAAGGUCUGUAAAGAUGGGCGUGUCUGUGAUAAUUACGUUUGCAAUCGAAUUUGUAUAAAUGAAUAAAAUAUAAGAGUACCUAACGAUUAUGUACGACCCAAUCGUAAGAUGUACUUAAUGGAGAUAUCGUGUGAUUCAUAAUGGAUAAUGCAUGAAAGGUACAUCACAGUAUUUGUAGGAAUGAAUUUUUGUAAUACGAAUAAACCAACCGUACAAAAUAA